AAUUGUAGUGACACCGUUUGCCACGCUGGAGGCCGCCAUCUUGGAAUAACAAACCGGCAAUAUUGGUUUCUAACAAAAACAAACCGUAUUUUUUAGUUUUAUAGACAAAUUAUCCAUCUAUUUCAAGUAUGGAGCAUAUAUUUUACAUAUUGCCAUUGAUCGCUGUGUGUAUAUGUGUCUCAUAUGCAGGAGAAAUGACAUUUGAGCUCCCAGAUAAUGAAAAACAAUGUUUUUAUGAGAUGAUCGACAAGGAUGUAGAAUGCACACUUGAAUUUCAGGUUAUAACUGGAGGUCAUUAUGAUGUAGACAUGGAACUUACAGAUCCCUAUGGUAAAUCUCUAUACAAAGAUGUGAAAAAACAAUAUGACAGUUACACAUGGACAACAGAUUCAAAGGGGGUCUACAAGUUCUGUUUUAGCAAUGAGUUUUCGACGUUUACACACAAAGUUGUAUACUUUGACCUGGAAGUGGGAGAUGAAGACCCCCUCGCGAAGAAAGAGGGAGGUGACGCACACGCCACUGCUAUGACAAUGAUGGAGACGGCGGGACACACAAUGUACGAGAGCCUUAGUGACAUUCUUGACGAUCAAACACACUUCAAGUUACGUGAGGCACAGGGUCGCAUAUUUGCGGAGGAACUCAACAAGCGUGUGAUGUACUGGUCAAUCGGAGAGUCAAUUGCGGUGCUUAUAAUUGGUAUAGGACAGGUGCUCGUACUGAGAAGUUUUUUCACUGAAAAGAAAAUGUCUGGCAUGCCAAAUGCUCAUUAACAAACGAAUGGUUUCCGGCUUGCCUGUUACUCAUUAACGAACGAAUUGUUUCCGGCUUGCCUUUUGCUCAUUAAUGAACAAAUGGUUUCCGGCUUGCAUUUUGCUCAUUAAUGAAUAAAUGGCUUCCGGCUUGCCUUUUGCUCAUUAAGGGAUGAAUGAUUUCCGGCUUGCCUUGUUCUCAUUUAUGAACGAAUGGUUUCCGGCUUGCCUUUUGCUCAUUAACGAAUGGUUUCCGGCUUGCCUUUUGCUCAUUAAUGAACGAAUGGUUUCUUGCUUGUCUAUUGCUCAUUAAUGAACGAAUGAUUUCCGGCUUGCCUAAUACUCAUUGAUUUGAUUAAAAAAUAUUCGAACAAAUUUGAGAUGUACGAAUGAAUUAAUUGGUUUACAUUGGAUAAAUCUCUACAAACCUUUAUUACAGCACUAUUUUUAUUGACAAGUAAAAAUUAUUGUUCACACCAUUUAAGAUUUUAUUCACAAAUCACUAUUUUAACAUUGUUAUUGUAGCCUGAAUAAAAGGUGACAUCAUUUGCUUGUUUGACAGAUUUAAACAACAGUUGUUUCGAAUUUUUGUUCACUUUGGAAAAAAUAUAUAUAUCUAUGUGUGUACACCAUUGUAGAUACGAUGCCUUAAUGACUUGUAUAUGUAAAAGAUAUUUCUAUUAUCUUUGUCUAGUGUACACCAGCAUUUAAUUUCGGUUAUAAGGCAAUGUAGAUUUUUCUCUUAAAAUUCUUAGAAGAAAAAAAUGUUGUAUAUAAGUACGAAUAUGUACGAAUUAAGAGCUUUAUUUAGUUUAAAUUUACAUAUAUAGUGUUUUGCCUUGUUACAAAGGCCUGUUUUAUCUAGUCAACUUUUGUUCAUAUGUCACGUUAGUAUAGUAAUAUGAUUAAUGUGGUUUCUUAUUCAUUAUGUACAUGUAUAGGUUAGUGUUUCUUUGUAAGCAUUUUACAAAAUCAUAUUGUACAAGAUCGGCAUAUUUUGAUAAAUGCAAACUAACGAACAUUAUUCAAAUUGAGUGACAAUAUACCCAUUCUUGGUCAGUGAACAGAUAACAAAAGUAACUUGACAUUUUGCCAUCAUUGUGUUCAAUUUAAAUUUUUUCUAUCAAUAAUCCGCUGGACAGAUGGAAAUUCCUAUAAAUAACACGCAGAAUGUAUUCUUUAAAAGAAAGGGGACAAUCUUCUUAUGAUUUAGGUAGCUUUUAUACUGCAUUAUAAAUGUAUUUUUUUCUUUUCUUAAUUUCUUCUUCAUUUAUUGGCCAGUAACCAUUACUAGUAAUACUAGUAAUAGCCAAUCUUUUUAAAUAUAUAUUGCUAAAUCAAUUCAGCAACACAUCUUGUCAUUGACAGCGAAAUGAGUAUAAUGUUCGUCAAUUACAAGAUCGAUAAAUGAUCAGCCGAUCUAUCAAAGUAAAUGUAAAUACACAUGUACUCCAAUCUCACUGGGCUAAAAAAGUUUCAGUCACUAAAUAAUAUAAAUAAAUGUUCUUUUUUAUAUUUUUAUAUAUACGUUAGUACUCAUAAGUAAGCAAUAUCAAAUUAUAAUUCGGGCAAUAACAGCGGAAAUUUAGUGUUUGAAAUUUUUUUUUACAAGCAGUCCAUUUAUUACUACACUUUUUAAUAUCCGAUUUAUUAAGUCAAUGUGUUACGAUUAAUUUGAAAUACUGCAAUCCUAUUGGACAAAUAUAAUUUCAAACACUUAUGGCUUUUAUAUCGUGUAUUAAUGUUUAUUUUUAGAUUUUAAAUAAAUUUUAGAAUUGUAGAAAAAAAUAGUUACAAAAUAACUUACUUAGCAGAAUUUUUAUAUAGAUAUAUUGAAGUUGAUACUUUUACUGUACAAUUCUUCGAUCUCUUCUACCAGGAUAAACUUCACGUACUGGCAUACCAGUUUAUGUAUGUACUUAUGUUCAGAAAACAGUGUAAUUGUCAGAUCAAACAAUGGGUAUAUUUCUUUUCUUUGUGUUUCAAUACAUACUUUCUGGGAAUACGUAAAAGAUACUUUAUAAUAUACCAUUGUCUUGAACAUAUUUAUAUCUGUAAAUAAAGUAAAUAAUUGGUUU